UUUUGGCAUUAAUUAGUGAAGAAAUAUUUUGGAUUUUUGUCAUUUCCAGGCAAGUAAUAUUAUGCAAAAAUCGGGCAUGUAAAAUGGUCAGCGAGGAAGAUGAGUAAGGCGGUUGGGCAGGUGUGUGCGUGCGUGUGUGCCAACGCAACCUCUCCCCCUCCCACUCGUUCCACUAAUUGCUUCCACUACGGCAAACGGAAAACACAGAGCCGGCGCUUUAUCACGCUUAUCAGCAAACAACGUAAGCGCAACGUAAUGAGUAAUCGCGUUAUGCUAACCGCUUUUCUUCGAACUGUUCAACCACCUGUAGCUAUAGCCACACAUUAUUCCCAACUUCCCGGCGAUGGCGUAAUUGUUUUGAUAAUGCAAACAAUGAGCGCUCGUCCAUUUUUAGCCGGGCGACAUUGAAGAGAAAUUAAAAGUAAAUAAUAGUGGAAGGUCGCGCCGAGUAUCGGCGUUUAAUAAUUAAUUUGUUGGCCAAUUUUGGCAAAUCGAGCUUGGCCGCGGCACUGCAUGUUUUAUGCUUUGGCCAUAAAUGGCCGGGUUUUCCUUUUGGCUUUUCAAACUGUGUUGCCUUUUUCAGCGCACUGAGCAAAAUUAAAAAAAAAAAACUGAAAAAGCACUUAUACCAUUUAGCGGUCUUAUCGGAUGCUCUCUUUCUCCCACCCGCACAGCAGUAGGCGAUAUAGAAAGAGAUAGAGGGGGAGGGCAACAGGUGGCCGGCGAGUACCGUUAGAUAUUCCAGCAAUUGCGUAACUAAUUAAACAAUUGCCUGCAAUUAAACAUAUUUGCUCAAAUUAAUGGAAUACUUUUAAA